GUUUUCGUUCGCCUUAGUUCCGCGCCGGGUGCCACGACAGUCGCAUCGACUCGAGUUUACGUGCGCGCGCGCGCGUGCUUCCAAAAAUCUUUCUCUCUCUUUCUCUCUCUCUCUCUCUAUCUGUCUCCCCUCCCAACGCGGAUCGAGCAGUCGAGCGAGAGGAAAACAGACGGCAGAAGGAAAGCCAGGGGAACUCGCGGAGACACGCGAACCUGACAUCCCGACGACCCGGUUCGAGCACCAAGCCCAGCAGCUUUCCGUGCACGAUUUACCGUGCUCGUUUUCCCUGUGCAUCGGUUUCGUUACAUCGUACUGUUGUUUCUCACGAACGGCUCGGCCACGACUUCGACGACGACUUGGACGACGACUUGGACGACGCGCGCGAUACACAGGGGCCCAGCUAUCGACGCGGGCAACCAUCCGAACGCCACGAUGUGCUGUGUGUGUGUACUGUGCAGUGUCUUCUUGGUGCUAACUUAGUGAUAACGAUAUUGAAACACGCCCACAGAGCGACGAGACGCCGCGCGGCGACAUACCGCGCCACUCGGAAUUCAUAACUGUUCAGAAGGCGGGGUCAGAGACAGAUUUUCCUCGCGAUCGUGAACGAAGCGCCAGGAUUACCUAUGACCUGGCCGAGCGUCUUCAGUAGGACCACGCUUCCGGCAGAGAGGCGUUUUUGGCAGCGUUCCUAAUCCCCUUUCCAUUUCCCUUCCCCCUCGCGUCCCCCUACCCCCGUGCAUCCUUCCUGGUUCUCCCCCUGCUGGAGCAACCCCCUCUGAACGAUCCGAUCGUCGACCUUUCACCCUUCCGCUAGUCGCAAGAACAGCAUUCUCGACAGGAUGGACAUGAGCAGCGAGUCGAGCGCGGCUAGGUGGUACGAGCCCCCUAGGUCCACGUUGGAGCCGCCCUCGGGGGGCGCAGGAGUCGCCGGAGUCGUCGGCAACCCCACCGAUUACAGGGGUUACUACCCCCACGCAGGACCAACCGCCCAUCACCCCGCAGCCGCCGCACAUUACGCUCACACAAGGAUGUCGAGCAGCGGCGUGACGAGCGGACCGGUGAGCCAGGUCUGUCGACCGCACUUCCACAGUUCCGUGCUGCAUCCAUGGCUUUCGGGCAGCGGGGCGGACACCUCGAAGACGCCCUGGGGAUUCCCGACGACGACAGGCUCGAGCGGCGGCGGCGCGGUCAGCGACGAUAAACCGCAGAGCCCCCUGGGCUCGUCCCUGCCGCCGACAACCGGCAGCCUGUCGAGUCACGGCGGUGCCGGGGCUGGCCACCAUCUGUUUUCCUUCCCGCCGACGCCGCCGAAGGACGCCACCCCCGACAGCAUCACCGCCAGCACCACCUCCAGCACUACCAACAACAAUAACAACAACACCAGUAGCGCAAACAACAACAACAACACGAGCAAUCCUCUGUCAGGGUUAGGUGGCGGAGCGAGCAGCGAGUAUCAGGCGGCGGUGGCCCACGCGGCGGCGAUGGGCGUGUUCAUGCACCAUCAGGACGCGCUGGGUGCAGGGGGCGCGAGCUCCUGCGACGUAAAACCGAGCGUGAUGUUAGGCCACCAUCACGGAGCACCAUCGCCGCCGCAUCAGCAACACAACGGGACUACGAACACAGGAAACGCUGGGAACGGGACGAACGGCGGAGCGACCGGUCAGGUGAAGCAACGAGAAGGUAAUAACCAGUCGGGCAGCGUGUCCGGCAGCCAACAGGCGAGCACCACGCAACAGCAACAGCAGCAGCAGCAACAGCAACAACAGCAACAAGAGGCUGCGUAUCAGGGGAACAACGUGGCGGCGGGCGGUGGUGGCGGUGGUGGCGGUGGUGCGAGUUCACCGUCGUGUAGGGACAGUUACGCGGCCGCUGCCGCCGCCGCCGCCGCAGCCGCGGCCGCGGCUGCCUCCAACACCCACCAUGCCACCUCCGGAUCCCAGUACGACCCGGCAACCAGCGCGUAUAACAUGUACCAGCACCUGCAGUAUCCUAGUACCACCCACCACCAUCACCAUCACCAUCAUCACGGCGCCUCCUCGUCGUCUUCUUCGUCUUCGUCCCACAACCCGCACAACGGGACCGCGGUUUCCGGUAUUUUCGGGCAUCACGCCGCCGCAGCCGGGGCCGGCAACGCGACCGGCGUGGCCGGCGUUAACGUCGACUCGAAGUUGUUGGUCGGUCACGCGCACGCCAACACGCCGAGCUCGCCUUCCGCGCAGCAGCAGCAGCAGCAAAAGCCCAGGAACAAGUCGAGGACGUCCGCCGAGGGCCGCGAGUGUGUGAACUGCGGCGCAACUUCUACGCCUCUGUGGAGACGAGACGGCACUGGUCACUACCUCUGCAACGCUUGCGGACUCUACUACAAGAUGAACGGACAAAACCGACCUCUCAUCAAGCCGAAACGACGCCUGUCGCUGCAGAGCGCGGCGAGGCGGGCGGGCACCAGCUGCGCCAACUGCAAGACCGCGACCACCACGCUGUGGCGGAGGAACCAGGCCGGGGAGCCAGUCUGCAACGCGUGCGGCCUCUACUACAAGCUGCACAACGUGAAUCGGCCGCUGACGAUGAAGAAGGAGGGCAUUCAGACGAGGAACAGGAAGCUGUCGUCGAAGAGCAAGAAGAAGAAGGCCGGCGGCUGCCUGGGACUUGGCGGCGUCAUGGGCGAUAUGAUCAAGGCCAGUGGUCACCUCGAUCUCGACAACAAGCCCUUCCAUUCUGGCUUCGGCUCGCCCAUGAGCACGUCGCAGCAUCAUCACACGAUGCACCCAGCGAUGCAACACUACAUGUACCACACGGGGGUGGGAGUGGCAGGUGGUCUUCACCAAGGGUUCGCGCCCCCGGCGCCUCCACCGAUUCAUCCCCACUCGCACUCACACUCUCAUUCCCAUCACAUGACGAGUCUUCAGGGUCUCCAGCUAGCCGCCACGACGAACGCGAUGACCGGUUGGCGAUCGGAGUACACAUGAAUCGCGAGUGAUCAGCAGCUCAGGACGCAGCCCACCACUCUAAUCUCGUUCUAACGUAAUCGCGAGCUCGAGCUCUCCUCUCUUUCUCUCUCCGCGAACGAUACCGAGAGACGUUCGAGAGGCGCACACGGACGGAAAAAAAGAGAACGACGCGAACGAAAAAAGAAAAAAAAGAAAAAAAAAGAGAAAUUAACGCACGAGUCGCGAACCAUUUAUAGAACGUGCGUUGCCCCGUUUUCUUCUUUUUUUUUCUCCCUUCCUCCCUUCUUUCUUUUCGUUUCUCUCUCUGUGUCAUCUCGCAUCUGUCCCCUUUCGUUUCGCGGUCUCGCGUCGCUGUAAAUAUGUAAAGUUUCGCACAAAAGGUAGGGCCGUCGAGCCCGGGCCCCAAGUACAAACAAAGUCAGCUAUAACUUGUAUCUGAGUCUAAUUAGACGUGCUCUGUACAUAGACGACGCUAUACCUUAAACCAAGAGUUUCUAUUACGUGCGUGACGUGAGAAACGGGGGUGAGCGCAAGCCACCCCCCUCCUCCUUUGUCGUGUAAUCGAUCGUCCCUCCGAGGAGGCUUCGAAGACGAUUCUUACAGGGUGAACCAGCGGAAAAAAUUAUUUAUUCGAGACGUUCGAAGGUGUUCAAUUGUUUUCGAUAAGGGUAUGAAACCCUCGGGAAUCGGAGUCGGUCUUCGGAGGCCGGUGUGAGUAAUAUUAGAUAUUAAGCGUGUAUCCGUGAGAGAAAUCGUGCAAUUUUCAAAGUCUUUUUAUUAAACGAGAAUCCCGCGUGGGGACCAUUGGACGCCGAUUUUCUUCCCUCGCUUCUCUACGUUUCUUUCUUUCGACCCUCAGCGCCGUUCUGCCUUUUCAACCGGUCGUCGAUCGCUUUCAUCCGCGCUACUGCUCCUAAGUGUCCGGACAAGUCGUAACGACAGCACGCAAAUUCUACCAGAGCAUAGAAAUUAAUGGGAACUUAAUUAUCAGAAGCAGCGAUCACCGAUCUGCCAGCAUCUUUAAAUGUAUUUGUAAAUGUACAUUAACCUCUUGGGUACGACGCGCCACUACAGUGGCUUUCGCGGAUAUUCUGCAUUACGACGCGCCACCAUAGUGGCUUAGUCUAUUGACUAAUUGGUUGAACUAAAUGAUCCAUUCAAUUUGUCUUGUUCCACACUUUUUUACCCUUGCAAUGUUUUUUGACAGUGUUAACAAUAUAUAAUUUAUUUCUGAUACGCCAGUGUCGGGUAUCAAUGGUUGCUUCUGCUUAAAAUAAAUAUACCAUUGUUAGACGCUGUUUUCAACAUGCUGACCCGUAUCCUUAUAAUUUUGUAGAAUCUUCGAGCUGAAAAUAUCGCCCCGAAAUAGAAAACAAAGGGCAAUUUGAAGAACACCAUCGCGCCAUGAGUGUGGAAAUUCUGACGUGGGUCUAUGUGUUGUACCCCGCUUUAAAACAUAUCACACUCAAUUGUAUUAUUAACACUAGGUUUACGGGCGUUUCUUAUAUUCCUAUCUCUACGAAAAUACGCGUUUUCUUGAGGAAAUCCAUUUAUCCAAAUCAAGUCCGAAUCGGACAAUAUUAGGCUUCGCGUUUAAAUAAACGACUAAUAAGUGAAAAGUGUUGUUCCUUUUAAAUUAUCACGGAAAUGAUAACAAUAACACUAACGCUAUAGGGUAAUCAUAUUUAUUGAGCAUGUGGAGCAUUAGUGGAGGAUAGAUAGUGCGAAAUAUCGAGAGCGAGAAAUUGCGAGAAAUAUAUUUGCAAUAAACAAAUAAAUAAAUAAAUUUACAGCCGUACACGUGAGUCGUUAGUAUCAAAUACUCGGAGAUACUCUGUAGAUACCCUUCGAUACUCGUUCAUACUAAAUCGCUCGCGAUCGCGUCCGUUAAUUAUACCGGUCGAUACGAAUUCGGUUGCACGUAGCAGCGAAAUUGUUUUGCCUGGAGUUUAUUUGUUCUUACAUUACUUGUAACCUUUUUCUUUUGCACGUGGAGAAAUCCUCGUGGACACUCCGCUGCUGCUAAUAAUCGGCAACAGCAGAGUAGUGUCGGACUCUUACCGACUAAAACUCCACGAUGACCAUCCUAAGCGUGUGACAGAAGUGCUCCAGGAACCUCUUAUGAAUUGUCUUCUGUUGCUCCCUCUUCCCGCGUCCUCUUGUUCGAACCAGUCCUAAUAAUUCUGCGACUGUUGAAUUUGGCGUUAGGGGGGACCAUUGCCCCUAGCACUAUCCCCCCACAUUACUUGUAAUCUAAUGGUCUUAAUACUCCGAAGAAAAAAAAUUCAACACGAUUUGAAUUGUCCUCCGGCUCAUGUGCCGCUACAAGCACGUUUGUUACAAAUAUACUGAAUUUUGUUUGUGCAUUAUCCGCGUACGAUCUUUUUGCAAUGUAUACAACAAUUAUUGCUCCUAUUCUUCUCGCAGUAGCCGAUUUUGCGGUUGAAAGUGAGAGAAAUGAAGCGAAAUAUGAACUCCUUUCUGCAUAUUUUCGAUCCGGUGCACCCUUCACAUAAUAUCCACGCGUUUAUCGCUGGAUAAAUCUAAAAUAUCGAAAAGAAGCUUGAAGGAGCCAUCGAAAACUCCCUGCUUCCGCACUAUAUUUGGCCUAAUUCAUGUUGAUGUUGACAAUUUUCUUCAAUAUCUUAUUAUAUCUCCUGGAUUUACUCAAGAUUGCUAGAAAAGGGGUCAAAAUAAGAAAAUACUGUGCCCAAAUUCAAUUAUCUUAUUGUAAAUAAUUGCAAUAAGAGGAGACAAUAAUGGGAAACGUCCACAAUAACUGAAACUUUUGCACACUGUGUUUGAAAAACGGUUUGUUUAUGAAGUCAACUAGUUUAUGAAGUCAAUUUCAAUAAAAAUUUCGAAAAUUAGAAAGCCUAGGAAAACAUAAUUCUGGUUAAAAAUUCUUUAAAUGAGAUGAUUAAUUUAUGAUGCGAAAUGUUUAUAAUUAAUCCUACGGUUUUUGGGAUAUUUCAUUUCGAACUUUGAAAUCCCGUAAACUCAACGUUAACUAUUACAGUAAAUUAUUCAAGUUAGAGUAUAUGCAUAAAGAAAAAUUAUAAAUUAAUUAAUUAAUGCGUAAGAAGAAUUAUAAUUUGGUUAUCAAGCACGUCGUUGCAAUGUGUUUGCGCGUAAUUCGCGUCAAACUCUGCCGUGCAAAGAAACAUCUUCGCGCAAAAUUCCCAAGAGGUUAAAGGCGUAACGAUCAUAUAUUUUGCUAUCCAUUGCGUACACUGCCACGUACUAUACCGUUCAAACGUCAAAGUUUAAGCCAUUAGAAUUCCGAGUUUCUGUAGCUGCUCGUCGGUCCGAUUUUAAUUCGGCAAUCGAAAAACCUAAGGAUGAAUAGUCGCGAAAUACCAUAAUUGUACACGAUGUGGCAAUAGCAAAUUGCCUGUUUAUUAUCGCCACAUCGCGUUUGAAGAUCAAAUUUUCUAUUAGCCCAUUACGAGGAACAAAGUCACCGAAUUUCAACGUCGGCAACGUAGUUUUACAAUUAAAACUCUUCGUAUCGAAGAGAGGCAAAUGUCCGGACGCUUCCGAGCGCUGUAUCUGUCUCGGUUUGCGAGGAUCCUGCGAUUAUUCACAGCGACGGCGGAGAAAACGUUUCGACUGGCGAAAUAAUUCCGCGAAAUCUAUAGAUUCUCGUAGUCUUGGGCAAAUUUCUCACGGACUCGUUACGUUCGUUAGCGUUGGGAAACGUUUUCUGUUGCCGCGAAUAUCUCACGUCGAUCCGCGGUCGAUCUCGAUCCUCAACUCGUGUCACUCGACCAUCGAACAGUUUGAGUUCGCGUUUUAAUCUUCCGAGUUCCGAUCGAAUUUCAUCUUGCAUCGUCGUAGAGAAAAUUGAAGCUAAGAAGGCUAAAUAUCCUAAACGCAAAUAGUCCGACGUAUAAUAAAUUAUCGUCAUCCAUGAACUGCGAAUGUUUAUGGGAAUUCGUAUUUUUGUAAAUAUUAUUUACGAAAUGCAACUAGGACAGACAAAUGUUUCAUCUAUAUCGCACACAGCCGUAUUUUCAAUAUUUCUAUCCCCGAAUUUCCCCUAAGCGUAGAUUUCAAAAUCCACCGUCUAGUGAUGUGCAAUCGGCAAAUCAACAACACUGUUUUCAAGGUUAAUAACACGCGAUUUCUCCGCUCAAACUUAGUUUCACCGUUCUUCAAUCGCGCUCCAUUUUUACAUUUACUUUUCUACGUUUCCCUCUUCCGAUUUUAAAUGGCAGAACAGCCUUCCACCACUCGUCGACGAUACGCGACGGGAAACACUCCGGUGACUUGGUGUUUGCAGACAAUUUUCUUAUUUUUCUCCGUUUCCAUCACUCGCUCACGGCCACUAGCCGUUUGCGGACGAGGCCGAUGUAUUGGCGCGCAUAGUUGAGAAAUUGUACACGUUGAUCGUUUUCCUUGUUCAUUGUCCAGGCUUGUAUUAUUCUUCUCAAUAAUUAAUUUAUUAUCGUUAUCACUGUUACUAGAAAUACUUAAACGUCUUCUACCUUGUCAGCUUCGAAAUAAUAUUCGUCGUCGCUGGUAUCACUAUCGAGCGUGUUCUUUCCGGAUCUUUUAGAAAAAAAUAUAUAUAAAAUUUAUAAAAAGCUUGCUGAGUCGUCUGGUAAUGCCAUUCGGAGGUUGAAAUUCGUUCUGCAAUUUUCUUUCAUCGAAAACAUGAUAGUAUUUUGUUUAUUGAAAAAUAUCGGUCAGAAAAAUAGACGCAGGCCAGCUGCUUGAAAAUAAGUUGAAAAUAAGGAACUGUAAAGAGACUCGCGCGGCUAUUUGCCGACGCUCGUCCGCAAAGGGCUAGUUAUUCUUUCGUAAGUUCGAACGAGAUUUGGCAGAUCGCGGAAGAAAGCUCGCGAAACAGGUUCCGUGCGAGCGACGUUCCGUGGCGCGCGCAACGCUCUCCCGAAUUUUUCCGCCGGGAAAUCGGCGUCCAGUGGUCCGAGCGUGGCGUCGUGUGUCGUACCGGUUUAGCGAUAGCGAGCAACAAGUUAGGUGUAUAAAGCACACGUAGAGAAGUCGGUAAAUUAUAUGGAACUUCCGGUGAUCCAGAUCGCGAGUCGAUCGUCCCCGUCGAGAAAUCGAGAAAAUAAAGAAAAGAAAGAAAAAAAAAAAAAUAAGAGAAGAUAGAGAGGAUAAAAGAGAAGGAAGACAGGGACUGGACACGAGAGACGGAGCACUGGGCAGAAAUGCAAAAGCGAAAAUACAAAAAAAAAAAAAAAAAAAUAAUAAGAGAGAUAAUUAAAUAAUAAGGAUGAAGAAAACUAGGGUAAUGAAAACGAAAAAAUCGCGCUGUAAAUUUUGUAUCUUCGAGAUUGUGUACCGUUAUCAUUGUAAUAAUAGUAUAUAUAUAUAUAAAUAUUAUAAAUAUAUAUAUAUGAAUAUAAACGAAAAAGUCUAUAUAUACAAAGAUGAAUAUAAAUAUAUAUAUAUAUAUAUAAAUAUAAAUAUUAUAAAUAUUAUAAAUAAUAGUUGAGGUGUGUGUGGAUGGUGGUGUGCGUGGAUGAUGGGUGCGUGCGUGAGUGGAGGCGCGCGACUGGCGAAAAGCAAAAUGAAGUCAAAAGGGUGGGGAGGAAAGAGAGGAGUAAAAGUGAUUGUGCAUAAAUUAGCGGUUAAUUGCGCAUCGUAAGAUUUGCAUCUAGAUAGUCGGAGCGCGCGAUGGUAAUUAAAACGAUUUAUCGCGAGCGAGAAAGGUUAAUAGCCGUGAAUGACGAUUAUCAUUAUUAUUCUUAUUACUAUUAUCGUGGUCGUCGAUCGGCCGGUAUCGCCGAUUAUUCAUUAAUCUCUCCUUCUAAUUAAUUAAUUAAUCGCGCGGGCACACUCGGCACGAGCCGGCCAGAUUCGUCGCAAUUGCGAUCCUUUCUUUUCUCGAUCUUGCCAGGCCGCGAACAUCGCAAGAGGGCACCCUCCGUUCUUCGCCAUCUCGCCACCCCUUCGAACAUCCGAUCGUUCGUCUCUUCCCUCGUGCAAACUUCUUUUCAAACUUUUCUUCUCUCGCAUCUGUAUCCGCCGCGUUCGAUUUUCACUCGCAGAUCAACGUAGAUUUUUCUGUCUUUGGAGGUAGGUCGCCGGCCAUAAGCGCGCGGACAACCGAUGAAAACAGUUUCGUAGAGAUACGAACGUUGCUUUCGUUUCUUAAUUACUUCUUACGCUCGAGUGUUACACACGCGUCUUAUAAUUAGACCGCGGUUGUUUACGCGUUUCUUUCUCAAUAUCAGAUUUCGAAAAUUUACAACACGCGUAUGACACGCAAGAACCUGCGAUACUUACAGUACGCCUUCUGAUAUACCAACGAAAUUUCUGUUCAAAUUUCUGCUCUAUUUAGAUGCCAUUCGCUCGUGGCCGUAGAAAUAGAAAACCGCGUAAACAAGCACGGUCUACUUGUAAUUCGACUUGUUCGAGUAAAAUUUAUUCCAGUCGUUCGAUAGACGCAACCAGCAGCUGUCCCCGUGCUUAUGACCGCCGAAUAUAUCCGUAGAUUUCGAAUUUUGCGUGCACAAAUCUCUUCCGAUUAUUUUAUACUGGAGAAACGAUAUCCAAAAGAAAAUUCGAGCAAUACGACGUCGAGUACGUAGCGUGGCACAGCGAACACCGUGCAGUUGCUUGAAAUUCUUCGCGAUAUCGUCUUCGAGAUGUAACGUAACGAGAGACAGAGAGAUCCAUCGGACUGGAAACUUCUGCUCGUCACCGCGUCGUGCUUGCAGAUUGCUCGCGAAAUAGAUUCGCGCGAAAGCUUUCGAAGCGAAGGUUUGCAAAGCCGAUUACUCGGAUUCUGUGCGAGCCGAUCAGAUAGCGAGAUUGAAAGACAGACGCGGUGGAUCGAUUGUUCGAGAUCGUUUCGUUCGAAGAGAUGGCGGGCGACCUGGAGCGGCGUGGUAGCUUGGAAAAGAGGGAAACGAGAGAAAAGGAGAAGGAAAAAGAAAAGACUGACGAGAAGAGGAGGGAGAAAGGGCGGCGGAUAUUUCACCGCGGCACCUUUUUUCGCGGAAUGAGACGAACAGACGCAGACGGCGGAGAGAGGACAGAUUAUUCUAAUAAAAUAGUAUUAUUAGGGAGUAGCGUGUAGACUGUAUAAAGAAACACAAAGGCGAUCACACAGAAACACAGACACAGGAACGCGGAGGAAACGGAGAGAGGGGAAAGAGCGCAAGUACGAUGAUUCGGAAGGCUGGACGUUUAGAAGAUGAGCAGGAGGGAUGUGACUGGAGGCCGAAAGUGAAUUCAACGACACAAGUUUCGUGGAGAUACUGAUUUCGUGAACAUGUAUAAAGCGACAUUGUAAGAUAUCGUUGUAAAAAAAGGUUUUAACUUAAAAUAAAUUAACGAUAAUUCACGCAUAAA